AUGCACAACUACCUCGUUUCCAUCCUCCUCCAGCUCUCGCUGUUCAUACUUGCGGAAGCGGCUCCCAUGUCGGCUCAGUCAGCAAAGCCAUGGCAAGCAGGCACCGGCGGUGGCAUCGUCGGUUUCAUCGUGCUAGUUCUUGAUAUCAUCGCCUGGAUUGAGAUCUUCAAGUCCAACCGCCCAGUACCCAACAAGGUACUCUGGGCCCUCGUUGUUUUCCUCUUCCCAGUUGUCGGCAUGAUCAUUUACUACCUCUUCUCCAAUCGUCAAGCACACAACACCUACGAGCCCAUCCAGGCUUAA